UCCAGAUCGGACAAAUUCACCUCACAUACAGAGUCAGUGUUGUUAGAAGAAGCCCCGCCUCUUCUUCAGUCUGAUUGGUCAGUGGUUUAGGAAACGACGCUGCGGUCUUCAAGUUUUUAAACCGAGUUCGACAUCGAGGUUUUUUUGAGGUCCAGAUCAGAUCAGAGUGUCGGUCAGACGGUCCUGAAUCCUGAACUAAUGAAGCAGCUCUGCAGGGUCUGAUCUAGACCUCCUUCAGCUCCAGAAUCUGUGGACCAGGACGGACUAAGCAGACCUGAUAGUGAGUGAGAGUCAGCUGAGAGAGGAGGGCGUACAAACACUUUUAAUAAUCCAAGAGAGAAAAUCCUGCAGCCAUGACCCCGGAGAAGUCCCAACGCUGGUGUGAAAAAACACACCGAGACAUUCAGAGCUGAGGAGACAGAAGAGAAAUACAGAAAAUAAAUGAGACGUAAAUAAGGAGGUGAGCAAAAUAAUCAGAGUCGAUGUUCAGUUUUUAAAAUCAUAUUUAACACGAUCACAGAUUUAAAGACAUCGAAAAAUUACAGCGCAGAGGAAUGAAAAUCAGAGGUGAAUAAACGAGUGACAUGUCAGCCCCGUACUCACACUGAGGAAGCGUCACACACACACACACACACACACACUCACACUCACACACACACACUCACACACACUCGGGCAGAAACAUCCAGGGUCAGCGGGCCGUCAGUAAGCUGAGAUCUCCGAGUAAACCCUUCAAGAGUUUUCAAAGCAUGACUGUCAUGGUGGAAACAGUUUGAGAGCAAAACAAGAGAAACUCAGUCUGCCGUGAUGAGAGGAAACACACACACACACACACACUCGUGUGACCCUGAGAGCUGGACGGUGGUCCGCUGUUUGUAGGUCGUUGAUUGUUCAACUAUUUUGGUUUGUGGAUAAAAUUUCUUCUUGUUGUCAAGAGAGCGGCUGUCGAAACAUGUGGCGGUAUGACCUCACAGUUUAACCCCGGGGGACUGUGUGUGUGUGUGUGUGUGUGUGUGUGUGUGCGUGUGUGUGUGUGAGAUGAUGUUUGAGGAGUGUCUGUGGUUUAUUGAAGCAGAGCUGUAAUAAAGGGUCAAAGAGAGGGAGGAGAGAGAGAUCGAGGAAGAUGACGGACAGACGGAGAUGAAGACGGACUGAGGAGACAGACCGACCGUCAGAGUGUGUUUCUGGCCGAGUGUGUGAGUGAAUGUGUGUGUGAGUGAGUGAGAGCUGGACGCUGAUCUGAACUCUUGUUAGCCGACAGCUGCAGAGUGACGGAGCGUUUCUCUGGAAGAAGGAGCAGCUGCUGCCGAGGGAGAAAGAGAAGCAGCGCAGCGACACGCCGAGCUCCAAGGCCGCAUAACCAGACGACAGAGCGGCGAAGAGCGUGAUUUACGAGCUGAAUACGUCCUGUGAGCGGCUCUAAUGAGCGCCGACAUGACGGAUGGAGGAAGAGGAGAAUUCGGCGAAGGGUUUCAGGAGUUUUAUUAUUCUGUGUUUGUUUGGAGACGGAAACAUGAUCCCACCUCUGAGCUCAAAUACUGAAUUAAAUUAUCAAUCAAAAGAUGUGAAAGAAGGAAUCUGAGAGUCUGAUGAACACCUCACCCUGAUUUAAGACGGAAAUAAAGAAGACAACAUAGAUCAGGUCAAAAUGCUCGAGUUAGUCUAAGUUUAAAACAGAGUUCUCCUCUAAGUCCGGGUUAAUUCAGCUUUAUUUUAUUUUUAAUUUUGAGUGUAGAUGAAGAUCUUCGUUCAGGUUAAACCCUCGUAAAUCAAAAUCCUCGGCCGUGUUUUACAGCCUGUCUUCGGCGCGGUAUGUCUUGGUAUGACCAGUAGCUUCAGUGAUUAUAGCGUGCUAACUUUAGACGGAUAUUUAUACUGAGGUGAUGAACAUGAACAUCAGAGAACACAAGCUGCUCUCUGACUCCUCCGGACCUCUCAGACCGUCUCACUCUCACUGUUUCACAUGAAUCCAAAAUCAUCAUCUGGUCCAGAGAAGUUCAGACAGACAGACGUUAUUAUUAUUAAACUGCUGCUGCCCCCGGUGGUCGCUGAGAGUAACAGCCUCUCUUUAACAGAUCAGUUCUCUCAUGUGGAUCCUUUAAUUCAGAUUAGGAUCAGAUUACAAAGUCUAAAAGGAUAAAAAAACACCGAGUAACACCUGAUCAUGACCUGAACGAGCAGAAAAAUCAACUUUAUCUCCAGAACAUGAACUGGAGUGUACUAGAUCCUCUCCUCACCAUGAAGACAUCUAUAGUCAGGGAGCGGAUCAAACACAUGCCCGAGGGUUACUGGAGGAAGAUGAGAGCAUGAUACCUUCAUCACUUUUUCACACGUCACACAGCUGUUCGGGAUAAAUCUGUCGCUGCGUCCGAUCUUCUUCUCCAGUGAAAACAAACGUUAAAUCUCCUGAACGGUUCGGCCAGAAUCAACAGAAGCGAGAACGCCGUCAGCCCGGUUCUCCUCGGCUGGGAUCGCUCCGGAUUCAGGAGACUGACGAGAAACUAGAGACAGAAGCUGCAGAAUGUUAAUUUAAGAGUCGUUAAAGUUUUCUUUAGUGGGUUUUAGGGCUGGGCGAAAAAACGAAAAUUUACAGAUACUGAAAUUUACGACAAAAACCAACGUCAUUUUUCCAAUUUCUGUAUAUUCAGUGUCAAACAAAUAAAUUAAUUACAGAAUUAAAUUAUUCUUUAAAUGUAAAUAAUCAUCAGAGGGCCACAUGAGAGCAGGUUUUGGUGUGAUCUAGUUAAUGUUGUUUAUGUGUCCCUCUGUGUUUGAGCGGCUCUUUGUUGGUUUUUGUUGUUUUUAUUGUGAGUCUUAAAGAUCGUUUCAAACUUUUAAUGUUUUUGAGAAACAGUCUGAUCGUAACAAACAGACUGAAUAAACGUAGAGAUGAUCAACGUAUCAGAGUAGGGCUGGACGAUAAACCGAAAAUUUACUGAUACCAAAAUUUACGACAAUAAUUGACGUCAUUUCGCCGAAAUCGGUAUAUUCGGUGUUAAAAAAAUAAAUUAAUUAAUGUUGGUUUUGGAUGUGUGUAGGUAGGCUAUGCUCUCAUGUCCCUUUAAGACGCUGUCCUACAUCAGAGACGUGACUCCGCCCCAUCCAGUCUGUAACAAAGAGGGAAAGACAGGUGAGGAGAUGGAGGACGGAGAGAAAGUUAAUGUGGAAGUUAAUGUGGGAGGGGCUGAGCAGCUGGUGAAGUUAUCGUCCAUUUAUCGUUAUCGGGGUGAACUGAUCAAUAUAUCGUGAUAUUGAUUUGAGAUCAUAUCGCCUUUGCUCACCUCUGCUUCUUGUCCCUGAAGGCCACCGUCUCUGAACUCUUGAAUUCGACCGUUUCUUCACCCCGAACCUUCAGCUGGUGUUCAGUCCUGAUCCCUCAUCUUCAGCCGGUCUGAGUUUUUCCUCCAUCCUGAUCAGUGAUGGAGUCUUGGACCUGGAUCUCUCCUCAGACCUCCUCCUCCUCCUCCUCCUCCUCUGUGUUUAUGUGGAGCUUCAUUUACUUACAGCAUCAAUAUUGAUGAUUCCUGGCAGUCAAAGAUGGCCGCUCUGCUGUUAUUGUUUCAUUACGCUGUUUAAAGUCAGACUGACUGUAAUGGCCUCUGAGUGUGUGUGUGUGUGUGUGUGUGUGUGUGUGUGUGUGUGUGUGUGUGUGUGUGUGUGUGCUGUGGUAUUACUGUGGGGUUAUUUUUGGACCCGGUGAGCCCACUCUGGUCUGGCUGAACACCGCCGCCGCCGCAGCUCUUUGACGUGGUUAAGCCGUGAUGACAACAACGCGGCCGACGCUGAAAACACAAACGUACACAAACACGAACACGCCGCAUCACCUCCACUCCGAUCCUUUUCCUGGCUGCGGGAGAAAGGGGUCACUUCCUGUGCCCUGUCACCGCGCUCACGAACACCUGUUUCCUACUUCCUGUUGUUGCUUUCAUACGCAGGAAGCCGGCCAUAAAUGUCAGGAAGCAUGGCGGCCGAGUCUGGCUGGUGCGGUGUCAGAUGAUGAAGAGGUGGGAGUGAGAGACUCGGAGUUCAGCUGGAGGGACAGAGAGAAAGAAACUGAGUCAAAGAUGGUCGAGAAAGAAUUAAAUAAUUCUUCUUUAAUUUUAAAAUAUAAAUGAAAACAGUUUCUAAAACUGAGACUCUUCUCUGUCCGUCAGCUGAGUCUGUUUUUAGUCUUCAGGUUGUGAACAGCAGGUUUUUACGGCUCUCUGAUUGGGGACAGCUGGAAAUGAAACGAUGAGGUCCAAGUGGAGCAGUAAAGUUCUGUUGAAGUUCUGAAUAACGAGCUGGAACCUGUUAGAGAGAGAUCUUUAAAUCCAGUGGAGCAGCAGACGCCUGAGGUCCUCCUCCAGUAAAGACACAGUCAGUGAUGUUAGAGAUCUUCACACGGCCGUGUUCCUCUCUCACCUGAUUACAUAACUUUGAUCUGUUUAUUCCCAGCAGUCCUGGGAUUUUCUGCCUCUCUGCUGAGUCAGCGGAGUAACACACACACACACACACACACACACACACACACACACUCCUCUCUGCUCCAACAGUGGUGAUUGAGCGUCUGCUUUUUAUUAUCUCUCUGUAAUUCAUAUUAACUGCACACAUGAACACGCUGCAGGCCGACCUCCUCCUCCUCCUCUCCUCGUUUCUCCUCUCUCCUUUUUUUUUAUUCGUCUCUUUUUUUUUAAACUUAUUUCUGCAGAGAUUAUAAGGAGGAGAAGUUGAUGUUGAAUCAACAGAUUUUGUCUUUUUUAAAGACUUUUAAAGACCUCCUCCUCCACAGUGUCGGUGCGCACCUGCAGCUCAGACUGGUCUUUUAUUUUGAAAGGGUGACAGAAGCUAAUGAGCUUUAUUUUAUUUUUCAGCUGAAGGGAAAUGAAGUUCAUUUCUUCUUCAGCAGCUCACAGACUGAACCUGAAGAUCUGGAUCAUCUGAGGAGGUUCUCAUGAACAUUAUUACAGUGAAAACUCACAGAGAGGAGCUUUAAUGUUGAUGACAGACCAAAGACUGAUCCAGAUCAGAGCGGCUCUCAUUUUAAGGUGGUCCCUCUGCCGGCAGAACGAGAGCAUAUUUCGCACUAUAAAGUGCACUGGAUUAUAAAGCGCAUUAAGCCAAAGAAAACAGUCAGAUAAGUCAAACUUUAUUGAACUCAUUCAAUAACUCCUCGAGGCUGCAGUAGCUGCAGUACUCCGACAAACCUAAAGGGUUUUAAAUUCGCCUUAUAGUGCGAAAAAUACGGUAAACAAGAAAACUCGCCGACUUUGAGAAUCAGUGAUUCGUGAGUGUCUCUGAGAAUCGACGUCAGCGUGUUCUAGGGCUGCACGAUUAAUCUGAUUAUUUCAUUAUGGCGAUAUUUAAAAAUUAAACUCAUCGAUUUUCCUCACUGUCAUGUCUCGUGCUUUCAGGCCACCGUAGGCUCCCCCCCUUUGCUAAAGAAGGCGAUAAUUUCGUGGUUAAAUAGGACAAGAGCGAGUCAGUCGUGUUGAAUUGGUACGACUUCACAGUUUCAGAUGAAGAGUAAACCACUCCCCGCUGUAAAGUCUGUUUGAAGGCGGUAUCAACCCGUCACCACGGAAACGAAUUCUCUAAUUGUGGUAUCGGCUAUCAGAUGUCUAUCUGCAUCUCUGGAAACGAUCAUGUGACACACAGAGUAACUCUUUUAUGGCGCCAAAACAACCUUUAUACACAUGCUCUGUACUCUUCUUUAGAGCUAAGCGCCACUUACUGGCUUGGCAUAUGUACUACAUCGUUUUCAGUGGUUUUGUUUUGAGAGAUGAUAGAAAAACUUCUUAUUAAAGUGAAGUUUGGUGAAGUUGACGAGUUUUCAGAAAAAAGAAAAAGGAUUUUAUUUUUGUCCAAGAUGGCGCCGCCGUCCUCUAGAGUUAAAAACAGAGGUAUGGAGAGGACAGGAGAGAGCGAUGACUGUCAGUCUCUAAACUUCUGAAGUUCUCAGUCCGUGUCGAUCUGCAGAGUUUGUCCUUAAACACGAUGAAGACUCAGACAUCGUCGUCUGCUCUUCGUCUCUGGAAACUAUCGUUAAAGUUUUGUGAGUUUGGACGAGUCUAGAAGAGCCAACAGGCGUGUAAUGAUGCAGCCUGGAGAGCAGGUUAGGGACACACACACACACACACACAUAGGUAUGCACACACACCACACACAGACACACACACACACACACAUAAAGUGUUUCCUCAAAUCUGAUUUAUGGUCAAAAUCUGCGAGUCAGGAACAGUUUUUUUUUCUGUUUCUAAACCUUUUAGUUUUUUUUAGCUGUAUAAAAAAGUUUAAUGCAAAAAUGUGCGUUUAGUAUUUGUUGUGUGUUAGCGUUUGUGUGUUUGUGUGUAAGUGUGUGUUUGUGUAGAGAUCUCCAAACCUGUGAUGACAAGUUGAAUGUUCUCAGGAGAGGACAGUCUGUUCAGGAGAUCACUUCAACUUUGACAUUACAGGAGGAAAUCCAGCCUCAGAGACCCCCACUGUCUGUGUGUGUGUGUGUGUGUGAGUGUGUGUGUGUGUCUGCUUCUUAACAAUUCUGUGUGUUUGUGUUUGUGUAUGUGUGUGUUUACUUGUGUGUUGUUUGUUUACCAGGAGCUCCAAAAAUCCUGGAGGUGAAGCCAAGAAAAGACUCCAACUGUGUGUGUGUGUUUGUGUGUGUGUGUGUGUUUGUGUGUGUACCUGUAAAAGCAUGAAACAUACAGUCUAUAUAUAUGUAACGUAAAUAUACAGAUAGAUGUGUGUGUCUGUGUGUCUGUGUGUGUGUGUGUGUGUUUGCAGAGCUGUCCCCUCAUCGCUGUCACUCAUUGUACCCGUCUCCUCUGUCCUGGAGUUAUUUUUAACCUGCGGGGGUUUCUGUGCUCCUGUCAGGCCAGAGAAUGGAGGGAGAGGAUGGAGGGAGAGAGACAGAAAGAGAGGUGAAAAGGGAGAGAGAAGGGGGCGAGCGAGGUAGAGUCAGAGCGGGAGAGAGAGAGGGGACUAAGCCUGUGGAUCAGGAGGAGGCAGAUUAAACUAAAGUCCCUGCUUAAGACCUCAAAGUUCAAACUCCUGCAGCCUCAACAGUUGUUCCUCGCUGUCCAACGCCCCCUGUCUGUCUGUCUGUCUGUCUGUGUGUGUGUGCAUACUUGUAUGUUUGUGUGAGGGUGUGCACAUCCAUCUCCUCAUGUCUGCACUCUACUGUAAGUGUGUGUUUGCGUGUUUCCGUGUAAGUCAGGGAUUGUCUGUCUGCACCUUUUUACAUGUGAGUCUGAAUGAAAAUGUCAAGUCCUGUGUGUCAGCAUGUGUGUGUGUGUGUGUGUGUGUGUGUGUGUGUGUGUGUGUGUGUGUGUGUGUGUGUGUGUGUGACCUGGAUGGAACGUGACAAAAGUCUGGACGAAGAGAUGACUCAUGAUUACCGAGGUGACGGCUCCGACAUAGUGAGAGACGGAAGAAGAAAGGAGGGAAAGAAGAGUGAUGGAGUGAUGAAGGAAAGGAGAGAGAGAGGAAGAGGAGAAGGGCUGAGGAAGGAGAACGGACGGGGUCUUCACUUUCAGGGGGGAGCUUGAUCCAAAUGUCCAGAUUUGUGAAGGUUAAAUGAAGGUCGGGGUCGAGGAGGAAAAUUCUGAUUUAUUAAAAAAAGUAAAAACAUUAAACGUCUGAAGAGAUGAAACAGAUCUAAACUUUGCUUUUACCUGCAGGUGAAUUAAUCUACAGAUAUUUUUGGUAACAGUUGACGUGACGACAUCUUGCACUCCUGUGAGGACCUGUUUGUUUUUUUUAAUCUAGUUUUGGCGCCCCCUGUGGACGAGCGCUCCUUCCUCAUUUUGUUCGUAACAGAUUUAAAUUAUGUUCAAAAUCUCGUCCUGAUGAUUUUUCAGAUUUGUCAUUGAGGAUUGAAAAUGUAAAAUCAGCUGUUUCCUCACGCCACGGUCAGGCGUCAAAACGACCUACAAACACGUCAUCAGUCAUGUCGGCGUUUCCAAACUCGACCUAAAGAUUUAGAGUCAAACACUCGAGGAUCCCAGAGCUCUGAUGAUGAAACUGUAACUGAGAUGUUUUACGGCUCUGAUAACUGGAGGUUAAAGCUUGAUCAUGUGACAGAAAAGUUGUGUUAUUGAUUAGGAAACGACGGUCAGCUGAUCAGUGCGUCACCUUCUGAAUUUCUUCUGAGGUGAAUUCAAUGGAGAUCUUUCCCUCUGAGGGCGUCUUCAGUUCACGAUGAUCAGGAUGAAUAAAGAUGUUAAAGGGAUAUUCCGGCGUAAAAUUAAUUUAGGGUCAAACCCACCGUAACACCGAGUUAGACCCCCCCUCCAGAGAUGAAUGUUGUCGACCGCUUCCUUCUCUAGUUAUACCAACUUUAGUAACAGGAUAGAAAUACAGAGAGCCACGCCCCCAACCAAAACGCCACUCUAUAGCCACAAAUAAUGCUCAGAACAGCACCUAACUUCAUCAACAGGACAUAUAGGGUCACAGACAUAGUACUAUAUUCAGAAAACAUAAACUUAAGCGGGGGCGUUUCUUCACUUCUGUAGUCUUUAAGCUGGGCCAAUAAACUUCUACUGUAGUAAAAUAAAAAGGUAAAGGUGUUUUUAUUGAGCCGAAUUAACAAUUAAAUGAUGAUUUUGUUAUCAGGUAUGGAUUUAUGUGCUGUUGAGUUAAUAUAUUUGAACAAGAGCACAGUAAAGUUAAAUCAGAUAAUUUUCCAAUGAGGUUCUGUUACUGAACAGAACUACAUCAUGAUCUACUGAGGUUAGUACAUAUAGGGUCACAGACAUAGUACUAGACACCAAACAUCUUUUAACUUUUUAACUUUUUAACUAAACACAACUCACCUACUCUCUUCCAGCAGACAUUUGUUUUGGGCCAGUCCAUCACCAACUGCAGCGGAGUGCCACAGCUCAAGGAAGAACAUUUAUGAUCAUUUCUUUAUCAUUUCCUUGAAGUAAUAAUCAUCAUAUUGAUCAUUUUACAGACGUGGUUGUUCUUCUGUCUUAGCGUCUCGGUCUGAUUGUGUUUCCAUGAAGAAAUGAAGACAGAAUAUCCCUUUAAAGAACGACAAACUCUCUUCACUUUAGUUUCAUCUCUCGCUCUGGUCUGAAUGUUGUUUUCUAGUUAAAAUCAAUGAUUGACUUUUGUCUCCUUUGUUGUAAAAACCGACUCAUUUACUGAAAAUCGACUCAAACUUUUGAUUUCGUGUUCACACCCCCGACACUCGAACCCUGAACCGGUUUCAAACCUCCGCAGUAUCCCAGCAGCCCCCUCUGCCGCUGACAUUGAUUCAGACUUUUAUCCGCUAAUCCGACAUCCCCGCUGAAGUCGACACUUCCCAUCACGCUCCUCCGCACUGUCCGCCUGAGUGUAUUCAUGAGCAGGAGAUUGGCUUUGACCUUUGACCUCGGCCCGGCAGCUGCAGCAACAGGACGUUCUAGUCAGCAGCUGGACGGACGCCAAAAUCCUCCUCUCCGCUCUCCUCCGUGGAAAAGUUCGUCUCCGAGGAUUUUCAAAGUUUUUAGAGAAGAGAGAAAAAAAACAGGAAGUUCAAAAAGCCUUUAAAGCAGAGAGACUCUAAAGAGGAGCGAGCGAGCGCACGCCGCCAACUGUCACUUAAUCUGCUGCUUUAGCUGCAGAGAGGCGCUGGGAGCAGAGGAUUGUGGGUAGGCAGGAGGCUGCUCGGCCCGUAGAGCGAAGUGAACAAACAGUGUCAGCUGAAUAAAAGCAGGAUGAAGAUGAUGAUGAUGAUGAGUUCAUAUUAACUCAGCCUUCAGAGGGUGUGUGUGUGUGUGUGUGUGUGUGUGUGUGUGUGUGUGUGUGUGUGUGUGUGUGUGUGUGUGUGUGUAAUGGAGUGUGUUUGUCUGACCUUGUGAGGCGAGGUCGUUUUAUUGAAACACGCUGAAAAGAAAACGAAGAAAAGACGAGAAAACGAAGCUUUUAAUGCACCGGGCGGCGAAUUUCAGCCGCACCAUUAACGUGAAGAGAGCGCCGAACAUUUAUACAACUGCAGAAGAAGAAAAGUGACAAUGAGGAAGAAGAGGAGGAGGAGGAA